CUCCAACCAUUCGCAAUAGCAGGUUACAGAAAUCUCUUACAAUUUUUGUAGACUUGUGUGUGAAUUGUUCCUGUGAUCUUUUAUUUUUUGUUGUCCAAUUUACUUUGCUUUUCUUUCUUUCUUUUAUAAUUUUUAAGCAAUUUUAGAUUUUCUGUUAGUUUUGUGAAAAAAUUGAGUGAAUAAUAUUAAUAAAUAUAAAUUGUACGCGAUAUUUGAGUUAGCGCAUUGGCAUUUUAAUGCAAUAAAGCAAAAUGUCGAAAAGCAAGACGAAUUCAAUGGCUACCGGGGAAACAAAUCUGAUCGAAGUGAAAUCAAAGUUUGAUGCAGAGUUUCGCCGUUGGAGCUUCAAACGACAUGGCGAUUUACAAAAUUUUGAAGAUUUUUCAGCGCUUAUUGAGAAAUUGCAUAGACUGCACACAAUACAAUUUAUUAUAUUAUAUAUAGACCCAAGGGACAACGAUCUGUUACCAAUUAAUAAUGACGAUAAUUUUGGCAGGGCAUUGAAAAUAGCAAGACCGCUAUUGCGAAUCAUCGUGCAACGCAAAGAUGAUUUGGAGGAGUUUCCCGGUUUUGGCACGAUGAAGCCACGAAAUAAUCUAAUCAGCAGCAUACUUGGUCAGACACCAGUAAAAACAAAGUUGCCAACAAUUUCAAUACCGCAUGAUUUCCGUCAGGUAUCAGCUAUAAUUGAUGUGGAUAUUGUACCGGAAACACAUCGACGCGUACGCUUACUAAAAUAUGGCAGCGAUAAACCUUUGGGAUUUUAUAUAAGAGAUGGUACGUCAGUGCGCGUAACAACAAACGGUUUGGAAAAACAACCUGGUAUUUUCAUUUCACGCCUAGUCCCUGGUGGACUUGCCGAGAGCACUGGACUUCUAGCAGUCAACGAUGAGGUUAUUGAAGUAAAUGGUAUUGAAGUAGCUGGAAAAACUCUAGAUCAGGUCACCGAUAUGAUGGUUGCCAAUAGUUCUAAUCUGAUCAUUACUGUUAAACCGGCAAAUCAACGUACACUAACCACACCACGCCGCGGCUCAUUCUCCCGCAACAGUCAACUAUCGAGUGGUUCGCAUCAUACAAAUCAAACUAACACAUCGGAUGAAAAUGAACAAGAUGAACAAGACGAAAUUGUGGAUUUGACUGGAGUAACACUCGAUGAUCACAAUAAUGUCACUACACAACAACCACACUUACAACAACAGCAACAGUCAACGGUGCCUUCGCCAGCAUUAAUAAUCACUUCACAACAUCACCAAACAGCAUCAACAGCUUCAACUGUUGUGGGUGGCAAUGAGUCAAAAGAUGGUGUAUUACAUCUUUGAUUCGUUAACAAAAGCAAUAAAAAAAUAAAUAAAAUAACAAAAAAAAAUUCAAAUUAAAAGCGCGAAGACAUUAACGAAUGUUACGGCAAUGGUCAAUGGAAACUUUCAAAGAGAACAAAAGCGUAAAAGACAUAUACAUAUACAUAGAGAUGAAGAGUUUCCAAGUCUACAAAUAACUAAGAUAUCUUAGGCAUAACAAAAAAGACACACACAAAUUUUCAUAAUUCACGUUUUAUUUCUACAUACAUUCUACAACUAGUACUAUUUAUAUUCGUACAUAAAUAUGAAUUAAUGUGUAAACUUAAAGUUUUUAGUGCGUUUGGCAAUUGCGCGUCCGUAUUCGUUAUCAAUUAUUGUUUAGAAAUUAGUUAAGCCAUCGCAUUUUAAACUAAAAAUACUGUAUUAUUAGGCACAUACAUACACACACAUAAAACUUUACAUAUCUGCGAAAUCGUAUUUGUAUUACAGAGAGAAAAAACACACACACACACUUGUAUUGUUAAUAAUAUUUUUUUAAAUUAUGUUGUAUUGUAGUUGUCUAUUUACUUUAAUAUUUACAUAAACAUAUGCACAGUGUACAUUUCAUUUGGUGUUAAAUUGUCGGUAAUUUUUUUUAAAGUUUUAUCUGUUUUUUUUUUACAAUCCAAUCAAAAUUACAUACAUAUUAGCGGACAGUGCAAACAAAGCAGCUACUAACAACUUUUACAUUCCAUAAAGAAACUUUGUGAUUCUAUGUAAUUUGUGUAAAGAAACAUUUGGUUUGCAUUGUAGGUGGGAAAAGUUGUUUCCUUGAUGUACAAUGUAUAUUAUUAUAAAUAUUACAUUUUUUUUUAACUAAAAGCUUACAAAAAUCAUUAUUCUAGUAACUCUUGUCUGGAUGCAUACAUGCAUAUGUAAAUAUUUUUUAAAUACAAAAAUAAUACAUAUUACCAUACCGUUUCAACUGCUGAUUCAAAGCACUACACCUCAUUCGUGAUGCAUUUUAUGUUGAACACAAUAUUGCUGUUGUCAGUUUUAUUUGCAUUUUUCCCAAUAUACUCAAUUUACGGUUAAAAAAAAAUUACGUUUAUCGAAAAAGUCACAAACGAGUGUUUAAUUAUAUGUAUAUUUGUUGCUAUUCUAUUUGUUUUCCACAAAAAUCAUAAGUAAAAUGCAAUGAGCAGGACCUUAAAAUUCUACGAAGAGCACGAAUCCAUCGGGCUAGUAUUCGUGACGCUUGAAAAUAGUACAUAUUGCAAAUUAUUUGAAAAACGAGAUUAAAAGCUUAUACUUGUAUAUAUUCUAAAGUACAUGCAUUCAAUAAUAAUCGGUAGCUCAUUCAGAAAUAAGAAAAUAUGCCAAGAAAUUCAUAAAAAAAGUGGAAUUUCCGCAAAAAUAGUAUUGCUCAAUAUAAAAAUCCUUAACGUACAUACUAUUUUUUUAGCACUUAGGUAUUUACAUACCUCUUACAUUGAAUCAAACAACAUUUUUUCUAAAAAAAAAACAAAACUUUUUAGCUCAAUGGCCUUCAAACAAUUUAUUUAUUAAAAAAAAAAUUAAAAUAUUGAGGAAAAGCAAACAGUAUACUAAAUUAAAGCGAAAUAACAAUUUGCAUGUGUCUUAUAGUCUAUUAGUAAAUUAAAGUACUUAUACAAUACUAUAUACGUCCUAUAUAUAUACAUACAUAUAUACAAUAAGAUUAAACAGUACAGUCCUAUUUUACGCUCGUCCACUAGUAGUUAGUUGCAUACAUUACACAAAUAACUUUUAAACUUUUGCAAAUACUACUAACUAAAAAGAAAUUGUAAAAUAUCCUAAAUAAACUAAAAAAAAACACCCAAAAGACUUGUCAAUUUAUGCCUUCAAAAGCAAUGGUUUUUACAAAUAGAUGAAAAAAGAAAAUAUGAAAACAUGCAAAAAAUAAUUAUUAACUGUUCCGCUAAAAAUAACAUCCAUAUUUUAGAUCAAAUCUUCUAUGCAAAAUGCAAAAAAAAAAAAAAAAAAA